AGAUCUGUUUCUUGUCUUUGUGUGAGUGUGAGUCGUAAGUUUACACUGUGAAUUCACCGGAGAUACAAUCCAAAACAACAAUGGACCGUGCUUUCGGAUGCAGCAAAUAAUUUUACAUAAUUUCCCCAAAUUAAACAGUUUCUUGUUUCUUAUCAUUUAAAGUUUCUUCAUCCCUGUCAAAUAAGUGUGGUCAUUCCAUUUUAUAUUGUGAAAUCACCCUCUCAAGCUGAUUUUUCUGAUGGUCACUCAUAUUUAUCAGGUUAUAGGUUAAGAAAAAGUUUCAUUUUCUGUACUUUUGUCCUCAAAUUGUUGCUGUUUAAUUUGCCUCUCUUGCUUUAAGUAGUUUCAUCAUCUUCAUUGCAAGAUAUUGAAUUUUCAUUUCGUCUAUACUCUCACAAUCUCAACUUUAUCACAUCAACAGUUAACAAAAACUUCUGGAAUAAAAUGUGCUCCAGUUGAACUGGUCUACCAAUAGUUUUGGUUACAUAAAAAUCAUUUCUUUUGCCUUCAAGGCACUCUCAAAUCCAAGUCUUGCCUGCAAGAAAUGCUCCUAUGUCUGGUAUGAUUAGGAGCAAAGCUUGUGAUAUAAGGCACAAAAGAGGUCAAGGUGAUUAUCAAAGUGAGCCUGAAAGGAAAAGAUUCAAGGAAGAAAUUAAUAUGACUGAUGCGGCCAGUCAAAAGGCUGCUAAUUUCUCUGCUCUUCUCACGAGGCCGAAUGGAGUUCAGAAGGGAUCUUCUAAUCUCAAAUCAAGCACUGCGAAGAAAUUAACUAUUAAAAAUUUCAAAGAUAAACCAAAACUACCAGAGAACUACCAACAAGAAACAUGGGAGAAACUGAAGGAAGCUGUGAUAGCCAUUCAAACAUCUAAAUCUAUCAAAUACAGCCUUGAAGAACUCUAUCAGGCUGUCGAAAACAUGUGUAAUCAUAAAAUGGCUGCCACCUUGUAUACAAAUCUAGCAGGUCUAAUAGAAGCAGAUGUGAAAGCCAGUAUCGAACAAUUCACAACAGAUUCAAUGGACAGAUUAAUUUUCCUGAAGAACAUGAAUGAUUGUUGGCAUGCCCAUUGUCAACAGAUGAUAAUGAUCCGCAGCAUAUUUCUUUUCCUGGACCGUACCUACGUUCUUCAUAAUCCUGCCAUUCAUUCAAUUUGGGAUAUGGGUCUAGAACUGUUUCGAACUCAUAUUGCGUUGAAUACUCGAAUCCAGUCAAGAAUAGUUCAGGGCCUCUUGUAUUUAAUAGAUCAAGAAAGAAGUGGUGAUACUGUGGAUAGGACUCUGUUAAAAUCUCUGUUACGAAUGCUUUCUGAUCUACAAGUGUACAAAGAAGCUUUUGAAGUGAAAUUUUUGCAAGCAACUGAACGUCUAUAUUCCGCAGAAGGGCAGAGAUUAGUUCAGUCUCUCGAUGUGCCAGAAUAUCUUCACCAUGUAGACAAAAGACUUUUAGAAGAAAAAGAAAGAAUUUUACAUUAUCUGGACUCUGCUACCAAAGUACCUUUGAUUCAUACUGUGGAAUGGCAGCUGUUAAAUGGUCAUCUUAACACCAUAUUACAGAAAGGACUGGAUAACUUACUAGAAGAAAAUAGAAUCCAAGACCUCACACUUCUUUACAAUCUUUUCAAGAGAGUUAAAAAAGGAUUAAAUGAACUUUGCAGUAGCUUUAAUGCUUAUAUUAAGAAAACUGGUCGAACCAUUGUGAUAGAUCCAGAAAAAGACCGAACUAUGGUUCAGGAACUUCUGGACUUUAAGGACAAGAUGGAUCAAGUCAUUAUUACAUGUUUUCAGUCCAAUGAAAAAUUUAGUAAUAGUUUGAAAGAAGCAUUUGAAUAUUUCAUCAACCAGAGAGCCAACAAACCUGCCGAGCUUAUAGCAAAAUUCGUUGAUUGCAAACUAAGAGCUGGUAACAAAGAAGCUACAGAGGAGGAACUCGAAAGGUUAUUGGAUAAAAUCAUGGUUCUUUUUAGGUUUAUUCACGGCAAGGAUGUUUUCGAAGCUUUUUACAAGAAGGACUUAGCUAAGCGACUUCUUGUUGGCAAGUCAGCAAGUGUAGAUGCAGAAAAAAGUAUGCUGUCUAAAUUGAAACAAGAAUGUGGUGGUGGAUUCACUUCAAAGUUGGAAGGAAUGUUCAAAGAUAUGGAGUUAAGUAAGGAUAUUAAUGUCGCUUUUAAACAGUAUAUUAAUAAUUUGCCCUCAACGGGAAAUGCUUCAAAUGAGGUGCCGUUAGACUUAACUGUAAGUAUACUAACAAUGGGAUACUGGCCUACGUAUCCAGUCAUGGAAGUAACUUUGCCUCAAAGAAUGGCCCAUUACCAGGAUCAUUUCAACAAAUUUUAUCUUGUCAAGCACAAUGGACGCAAACUUCAAUGGCAACCCACUCUUGGUCACUGUGUCCUUAAAGCAACUUUUACUCAGGGGAAAAAAGAACUUGUAGUCUCUUUGUUUCAAGCUCUGGUUCUUCUUCUUUUUAAUGAGUCUGAUAAUGUCCCUUUCGAAGACAUCAAAGCUGCAACUAGUAUAGAGGAUUCUGAUUUGAGACGGACUCUUCAGUCGCUAGCUUGCGGUAGAACUCGUGUUCUCUCCAAAAUUCCCAAAGGAAGAGAUGUAGAUGAUGGUGAUAAAUUUAUGUUCAAUCCUGAUUUUACCAACAAAUUGUUCCGUAUCAAAAUUAAUCAGAUCCAAAUGAAAGAAACGCCUGAAGAGCAAAAAGCAACAGAAGAAAGAGUUUUCCAGGAUAGACAGUAUCAAAUAGAUGCAGCAGUUGUUAGGAUUAUGAAGAUGAGGAAGUCACUCUCUCACAAUCUUCUAAUUAGUGAAUUAUAUAAUCAGCUUAAGUUUCCUGUCAAACCUGCUGAUUUAAAGAAAAGAAUAGAGUCAUUGAUAGACCGAGACUACAUGGAGCGGGACAAAGACAAUGCAAAUCAGUAUAACUACAUGGCCUAGUCGGUAACUUCACCCGUACACUUCUUUCCUCUCUUGAGGAAAUUUUUUGGAUCAGCUGUAAAAACUCAAUGAUAACGAUGGAGUCAUAGAUUGACCAUAACUGUUCUCUUGAGAAUCAGUUUCUGUAAAACCGCAUGGCCUAUUUGCUGUUUUUACCUGCAGUUUAUUUUUUCAAUACUAAGAGAUAUUUUUGAGUCUAUCUUGAGAACUAACAAUUAGAAUAACUCUUGGUAUAGACCUAGAAUGCGAUGAAACGGACAAAGACAACAUGAAUUAGUACAACUUUAUGGCCUAAUCGCUAUCUUCACCAACGCUUUUCUCUCACUCCUUGAGUGGUACCAAUUAGAUCUUAGGAUGAAAAACUGAGCAGUCACACAAAAUUGAAAAGUGUAUUUAAAUCCUCUGUAAUAUCAAUUGGAUAGAAAUCUGUUGAUAAAAAAAUUUAAAAUAUUUUAAAAAAAGGAAAAAAAAUAAUUUGUAUAAAUUCUGUACUUUAAUACCUAAUUAUAAUAAACAUUUUUCUUAAGGUAAA